AUGCAGGCGGCACCGCAGCAGCAGCAGCAGCUCGCGCAGCAGCAGCAGCUGCUGCAGCAGCAGCACGCCGCUGCCCCCCAGCUGGUCCUCUCAGAGACCACUCGACCCCUCAGCAGCAGCGAAUCCCGUCCAGAUCCUUUGCCUGUUCUUAUUCAACACUCUUCUUCCCUCGUUGCUGCGCAGCCCGUUGGCCGCCUCAUUCCCACGAACGUCAGGCCCCCCCAGUGUCUUGCUGCUGCAGCUGCUUGCAAAAUCGAAGAAGCAGCAGCAAGAAAAGGCGCAGCAGGAGGCCGCAGCAGCAGCAGCAGCAGCUGCUGCUGCUGCUGCGGCUGCGCGGGAGCAGGAGAAGCAGCGGCAGCAGGAAGAAGCCAGGAAGCAGCAAGAAGCAGCAGCAGCAGCAGCAGCAGCAAGACAAAAGCUGCAAGAAAUCGAUGCUUCUCAUUUGCUGUGUCUCGCGGGGCCUUCUCCCGCGGAGCUGAAGCAGCAAAGAGCGCGGAGAGCAGCGCUGCAGGCGCAGCAGCAGCAGCAGCAGCUCCUGUGGCAGCAGCAGCAGCAGCAGCAGCAAAUGCUGCAGCAGCAGCAGCAUAUCGAGCAGCAGCAGCAGCAAGACUUCUUCAUGCAGCAGCAAAUGCUCUACCCAUCAGAGGAACAGUGGAGCAACCAACAAGAAUCAUAUUACAGCUACCCCUCUUUUCCCAACAGCAGCACCAGCAGCAGCAACAGCAGCAGCUGCAGCAGCAGCAGCAAAUGGACCGCGACGCCCUGCGGCAGCAGAUUCUGCUGCAGGAAGAGAGGAUUGCUCAGCUGCAGCAGCAGCUAAUGGAGCACCAGCAGGCCCGAGAGCAGCGGCGAGCAGCAGCAGCAGCAGCAGCAGCAGCAGCGGAUGAGGCGUACAGCAGCCACGACAGCAGCAGCAGCAGCAGCAGCCCCUUGAGGAGCUCUUCUGCUGCUUCUUUUCUCAGCAGCAAAAUGCCGCAGCAGCAAAACAGAUUUGCCAGCGAUUCAGCAGAAGAUGGAAAGCAGUUUAGGAGAGACAAAGACAAAGCAAGCCUAAACCCUAAACCCUAA